GCCCAUACAUUUGCAUUACGUUUGACAUCCUUUCUUUCGAAAGAGUAAAGGAAUUAUAAAAGCUGUAUAAACCUCGUUUGGAACCCAUUAAGCACUAUUACCUUCGACCAUUAGGAAACAUCGGGCAGUGCCCUAAAAACAAUAAAUAAUAAAACAAAACACGACUUAAUGUACCAACACUACGUACAACGAAACUUGGGAACUAAGAAAGUCAUAUAAAGGUCAUAUAAAACCGUCAAUGUACGAUUAUCAAGUUUCCGCUAGAAAACUACUUCAGGCAUGCGCAAAAGACAUUAAGUAAUAUGCUUUUGGAGGGAAUUCAGUUUCAGUCGCGGUUUUCAGCGGGAUAUACAUCUAUGCGUUGAAAGUUUCCGCAAUUCCGUAGUUAAAUCAAAUAAAAAACGUAUUAAACUUUCUAGAUUAACAUAACAGUGAAGUUGUUAAAAAACAAAAUAUCACGAACUUAAAACUAAAGAAGUAUCUGUGAUCUUUUUAAAAUUGCAAUACCACAGGCUAAAAACCAACGGACAUUGAAGUGAACUUUUAAAAAUAGAAACACCACAGACUAAAAAACUUGAGCGCGCUCAAAUUCACCGUGGCAUUUGACGAAGCUCCUAUAAGCAGCGGGCCCUGCUUGCUGCAGACAACCAGCUCCCGGCAGUGUCUAGCAUGUGCUCACAAAGCUAAACUACGAUCUGGGACAGCACCAGAACUUAAGCUAGAUCCUUCUAUCCUCGCACCAAAGAUAAAAGAAGAAGAAAAACAGGUUAAAGAGUCAGAAACGGACGGUCCGGCGGUGUUGGACGUCCGGUCGGAACCGCUGAAGAUGGCGGUCAUUAAACCGGACAGUGCGGAUCGGGAGGCUCUGGAGGAUCGGGAUCCGAAUAACUUGAAUACGCAUGUGCAGAUAGUAUGGGACGACAUUAUCGGCGAGCCAGAAGGCGCGCGCAGCCCGGAAUGCGCAUGGAGGCUCAGCAAUGCGUGCUUCAAGCAUACUCGAAAUUGGUGCUACACGAUAAUGGCUGUGCUUAUAGCACCGCCGUGUGCACUAAUACUGGGCUGCGGUUUUGCCUGUCUUGCCUUUGAGCAAAUCUGGUGUACAGGACCAUGCCUACGCUGUGUGAAGAUCUACUUCGCAUCAUUCCGUACCAUCGUGCAAUCCUGUAUGGCAGCCACUGUGGUACCGACUUGUGAGGCCAUCGGCCAUGUGUGUCGGCAUAUUCGCGUUAACUUCAGAAAAGAGGCCCCGGAUGAGAAUGAUAUGCUAGUCAUUUAAUUUUAAAACGGACCUAAUCGACUUGUACCAUUCAUUAGCCCAUCAGUUAGAUUGGGCGGUAUAUCCGGGAUAACUUUAGGAAGUAACUGUCGGGUGAGAAGGAAUGCUAGUUGUGUAACUGUCCAAUUUAAUAUCAGACUUAGUUUUUUGAUGUCAUUCCAAACGAUCGAGCAAUACAGCAUGGCUGCCAACUGUGGUACCAACUUGUGAGGCCAUCGGGCAUGUUUGUACAUAUUAUACUUAUGUUAUAUACCUAUAUUCGCGUUAACUUUAGAAAACACAUUACCCUCCUUUGCGUCACGCAGUCGGGUAAAAAGGCCCCGAAUGAGAAGGAUAUGCUAGUUUUUUUAUUUUAAACGGCCCUACUGACUUGUACUAUCCAUUAAUAGCCCAUCGGAUACGUUUGUCGGUAUAUCCGGGUUAACUACAGGAAUUAAGUCCCGAAUAAAAAAGAUAUACUACUAAAAAGGCCAGAAAAAACUCCCUUCUGCCUAUCUAAUUUGGAUAACAUACGUAAUUCUACAGAAGAAUGCUUGAGAUAGGUACUAAAAUGCUGGAGUUCUGGUAUUUAUUAGGUCAGGGUUUUUAUGAAACGUACUACGUGUAGGUACUUUUUGUAGCGUGUCUCUUUGUCUCUUAAGCCCCCUCCAGACUAUGCGCGUGAAUCGCGGGCGAAGCCGCGAACGCAAGUGUGGCGUCGAUUUCGCAGAUUGUUCACGCCUUCGCGCCUUGUUCUCCGUUUUUUGUCGGUAUUUCGGCCCGCGUCAAAGGAGACGCGAAGCGCGAACUUGCAAGACUCCACAUUACACAAUAUUUUGGCUCCUCUGUGGCAAGAUAAAUAUGAAUUAUAUUAUGAUUAUAUUAUAUUAAGCAGCUAUAUUUUACGGUUUUACAAUAAAACAAAAUGGAAAAACAGCUAAAUCACGUAUGAUGCCAUAGAUAACUAACAGUUAAACUCGAUCAGCUGAUGCUUUUCCGCCAUAUUGCCGCAAACCAAAGUGCGAAAUCGCCGUGAAGUGUGCGAGUGUGGAGUCUUACGUCAACUUCGCGAUAUGUUCGCUCCGCGACGUCGCGCCGCGAUUCACGCACAUAGUCUGGAGGGGGCUUUAUAUAUAAACUUUAGAUUUGGUAUAUGCCGAACGUGCCUUUACGGAAUCAAGGAACCAUUAUGAUUUUUUGGUAAAAUACGUAUGUUUAAGAAGCACAUUAAGCUUGUGGCUGUACUGUUUCGAUUUUGUACUGAAAUAUAUAUUUAAUUUUACGUAAAUAAAUAGGUACUAAGCAUAACUAUUUAACAAUACUAUACACGUACACUAACAAUAAUAUAUAGACGGUAGGUACCUACUA